UCCCUUUACAGAGGUGACAAGAGUGACAGCAAAAUGUUAAGACAGUUUCUCAGACAAUCUCUUGGAAAUCAACGGAGGUUCACCUAUGUGCAGAUGUGUAGACGUUUUCUUAGUGACACCAAGGCACAAGAUCUGACUGAGGGUGAACAGAAACUGCUGGAAGCAUUGAAGAAGAAGUUUCCGGGACACACUGAAGUACAAGUGGCUGACAUUUCGGGAGGCUGUGGAGCAAUGUUUGAAGUUUCAAUAGAGGCAGAAGAGUUCCGCGGUUUGAAAACAGUGAAACAACACAUGCUUGUCAACCAGGCCUUGAAGGAAGAGAUACAACAGAUGCAUGGUAUGAGAAUAAACACCAAGGCCCCGGGGUAGCGCUGAAUUGAAUGGUCUGAUAGCCGGGAUGAAGGGAACGGAAACAUUCUUCAAUUAUAGUGAUAUGAACUUUCAAAUACUGUGUAAAAUCAUGGUCUUGCUAUUGGACUGACAUUUGUGUAACUUUUCAUCUGAUACUUUGUUAUGUGAAUUUUGAAUGCCUGGUGGCCCCAGGGGUAACAUUAAUGGGUUUUAUAUAGAGAUGAAGAAAAAGGAAACAAACAUCCCAUAAAGAAUAUUACAAACCUUUCUGGCUUUGAAAUAUUGCAAAUGAGGAAAUUUCACAUCUGAUUUCAAUUAAAAAAGAGCAAGAUCAAAUACAUGUAAUAACCUUUAAAUGAUUUGGAAAUUAUAUUGAGUCAACAGGCAUAAAAAUUGUACAGCUGUUUCCUUUAUAAACAUUGUAACAACUGAAACACUUACACCUCAGAUCUGCCAGACUUACAUCACUGUAUGAAUCCAUUACAUGGAAUGUUAUUAUGAAAGCAAGAAAGCUUAUUAAGUCUGUAAUAAAUAAUAGUGCAGUAUGGCAAUGCAUGAACAACAAUAAUAAUGUUACAUGAUGAUAUUCACUUUUGAGAGAUUUGCUUCAAGAUCAAGAUUUGUUUUGUUAAGGUUUCCAGAAUACAUUGUAAAAUGAUGUGAUACAGUAUAUUGUUUAGAUUCAAUUAAAAAACAGAACUAUUGAAGGAUACAAAGUAAGAAUACAGAUUUAAGCUAUAGUUUUAAUUGUGAACUACCUUUGAAAUUUAAAGGCUUGCUUUCUUGACAGCAUCAAAUUUUGUUUUGUGUGGUUUCUAUUUCAUUUUUUAGUGAUUUAUAUAUUUGAAUAAUGACAUGUAUCAUGUCCUUUUGUUGCCCUUGUUAAUUAAUUUUAACUCAAAGUUAAAUCUAAUGACAGGCAGCGUCAACCUUAUUUUAUGUUUAUUAUUUUGCACUGAUUGUUGGACAUUUAUUUUUUAUUUUCUUUAUUAUUAAAAGACCUUAUAGAAUGCUUAUUCUAUCACCAGCCUUUACCACAAUGAGAUCUACACUAUAUUGUAUAAUAUGUUGAAAAUCAAAUGCUGUACUAUCAAAUGGAUACUUUUAAUAAAACCUAAUUCAAAUUUCA